UUAUUUCUCAGUUUAAGCUUACUUCUCUUGGUAAAUUUAUUCGAAGUGCUCGUUAAGCGGUUUGCGUGGUUAAAGUAAGUUAUUAUUACGAUCAUUCUUCAAAAUGGUGGAUGUUUUAGAUAUUGAUAAUGCAGAAGAUUUCGAAGUUGAUGAUGAAGGAGAUCAAGGAAUUGCUCGAUUAAAGGAAAAGGCAAAGAGAAGAAAAGGAAGAGGACAUGGAGCUGAACUGGUAUCAACACGAGAUGAUGUGGGACAUUAUGAAUCUAUGCACGUUGUAGAAGAAGAUGAUGAUGAACCUGGCCCACAAAGAUCUGUGGAAGGAUGGAUUUUAUUCAUUAAUUCGGUGCAUGAAGAAGCUCAAGAAGACGAUAUACAAGAUAAAUUUUCUGAAUUUGGACAAAUAAAAAAUCUACAUUUAAAUUUAGACAGAAGAACAGGCUUUUUGAAAGGUUAUGCUUUAGUAGAAUAUGAAACAUUCAAGGAAGCACAAGCCGCAAAAGAGGCAUUAAAUGGUACAGAUAUUUUAGGUCAACCAAUUUCUGUCGAUUGGUGUUUUGUUAAAGGACCCAAAAAGUAAAAUUAGAAAAAGGAGUCAUAGAAGACGGUGAAAAUAAACACGAACAUAUAUAUAUAUAUAUAUAUAUAUAUAUAUAUGAUAU